AUGAUGAUCAAUCUCUUUCCCGGUGUAGCUUUGGUGAUUGGUGCAGCUUCAGGCAUCGGACAAGCAACAGCCAUAUCGUUUGUUUCAGAAGGAUGUCGGAAGAUCGUGAUAUCUGAUCUCAACGAGAAGGGACUACAAGAGACCAAGAAUUUGAUCCAUCAGGCGGACGAGUGGGGAGACGCUCAAGUCGAGAUCGUUCAGGUCAACGUAUCGGAUGAGGCCCAAGUCCAAGCGCUCGUGGAUAAAGCUGUCCAAGCAUUUGGUAGAAUCGACUAUGCCGUCAAUGCUGCUGGGACGCUUAGCAGAAACACCAAGUCUCACGAGACUGCACCAGAAGAGUUCGAUCGUAUCAAUGGCAUCAACUAUCGUGGCUGCUGGUUGGCUUCCCGAGCGCAACUCUCACAGAUGCUGAUGCAAGACCCUCUCGAAACCCACGAUGGAAGACCAGGAAAUCGCGGCAGUAUCGUCAACUUCGCAAGUCAACUCGGCAUAGUCGGCAGGCCAGCAGCAGCCGCCUAUUGCGCUUCCAAAGCAGCAAUAAUAGGAAUGACCAAAUGCGAUGCCAUCGAUUACUCCAAAGAUAACAUCCGAGUGAACUGUGUUUGCCCAGGCGUUAUAGAUACCCCUAUGACUCGGCCAAACAUGGACGUGCUAGACUCUGCGAUUUCGAUUGCGCCACUGGACCGUCCAGGAACUGCUCAGGAGGUUGCCGACGCGGUGUUGUUUCUGUCGUCGUCGAAGGCGACGUUCAUUCAAGGCUCCGCACUCGUGGUAGAUGGAGGCUAUACCAUCAAUUGA